ACGCCUCCCGGGGAACUGCUGGUCUCUUUCUGUGGGUACCUUUCAGAUCUGCAAAAGCAGGAGGAGCAGGGAGAGCUGCUGCAGCCGCUGAGCUUCCUCUUGCUGGUGCUGUGCUCUGUCCUGCUGUACUUCAGGGUGUCUCUCAUGGAUCCGGGUUUUGUCAAGGCUGAAGAAGCAAAGGCAGGCAAGAGUGAAGAGCCAAGCAUAGUGAUACCACAAGUCCCAAGUCACAUUAAGAUGCGGCGCUGUGGUUACUGCCUGGUGAAGCAACCGAUGCGAGCCAAGCACUGCCAGCUGUGCCAGCACUGCGUGCGGCGCUACGACCACCACUGCCCCUGGAUUGAGAACUGUGUGGGGGAGAAGAAUCAUCCCCUCUUCAUAGUCUACCUGAGUGUGCAGCUUGUGGUUCUGCUGUGGGGAGGUCACGUCGCCUGGUCAGGCCUCUCCUUUGAACAGUCAUGGGACUGGCUGCAACACAACAUCUUCCUCCUCAUCUCCUUCCUCCUGAUAGUCAUAUUCAGCACUGUUGUCCUGCUGCUGCUGCUUUCACACCUCUAUCUGAUCUCCUGCAACACCACCACCUGGGAAUUCAUGUCCCACCAUCGCAUCUCCUACCUGCGACACUCCAAGUUGGAGAAUCCCUUUGACCAAGGGGUCAUCCUCAACCUCUGGAGAUUCUUCUGUUCCUCCCACCUCACUGUAUGGGAGAAAAUCUAUUACCACAGGGACAACGAGCUUGUCUAG